UGGAGACUAGCCAUAACCGCGGCGUGACCCGGCGCGAAGCAUGGCGUCGUUUCCGUCUCCGUCGCCGCCCUCUGCCGUCCGGCUCCGUCUACACCCGGCCGGAGUGCGGCCCUACCACAUGGGCUCGUCCUCCUAUUUUUCGGCUGUCUCCCUGCGCUGGCUCCUCUCGCUCUCCAGUGCCCCUAGGGUUCCCUUCGUCUCUUUCCGGCAGCAACGGCCCUCAUCGCCCUCCGCUGGAAGGUCGCGCCUGUUGAGCGCUGCGCGGAGCUCCGGAGACUCUGGCGAGGUGAUUGAUGUGGUUAAUAUUGAAGGAAAUGAGCAGUCACUACGAGGCUCCUCUGGUCCAAGAAAAGAUGGGAACGAGUCGGCCAAAAGUUUCUCAUCUAAAGAGUUGCUAGAAAAACUAAAGAGAUAUGGAGCUGCUGGUGUUCUGUCGUAUGGACUACUUAACACUGUCUACUAUGUUACUGCAUUUUUAUUAGUUUGGUUUUAUUUUGCUCCUGCUCCUGGUAGGAUGGGCUAUGCUGCAGCAGUGGAGAGAUUCCUUAAACUAAUGGCAAUGGUGUGGGCUGGCAGUCAAGUUACUAAAAUUCUUCGAGCAGGAGGGGCCCUUACACUGGCACCUUUUGUUGAUAGAGGGUUGAGAUGGUUCACAGUUAAGUUCAACUUCAAGUCGGAAGGGAGGGCUUUUGCGACAAUUGUAGGGCUAUGUUUUGCAGUUGCUGCUAUCAUGUUCUUUGGAUUAACCAUACUUUGGGCAUAGUGCAUCUGGUUUGCCGAUUGCUAUUGAGGAAUCGAGAGGAGAUGCUGUGGAUUAGAAUCUGAUUCCAAUCAGUAAUGCGGCGAUCGAACUCUCCUAAUGAGCUUACAUUGUCAACUAUGGUUGUCCAUAUCUUGUAUGAGUAUGUAUUUUCCUGGUUCUUUAGUGGCCGCAAAUAUCUUGAGUCCUGUUGGACGUGUGUCCAGACUUGAGAAUUUUUUAAAAACAAAGCAAAUUUUAAAUUGGAAUUUGAUUGAUACAAAGCCUCCGGCUCAAGCAGCAGCUUGAUAAUCUGGUGGCAGGGUUCUCAUAACUGCUGUAAUAAUCUACUAAUCUGUAUGAGUCACCUCAAGAUUGAAAUUUUUUACGCACCGGUGCCACCUAAAUCAAGUGCUACCAACUACAAAUUAAAAAAAAAAAUCUCCUCAUGGAUCACGCUACAGCCACAAUCUUU